AUGGAGAGAGCCAGGCCGGAGCCGCAACCUCAGCCGCGCCAACUGCCGAGGGCGACCCCGCCGCGCCCGCUCCGCCCUGCUCCCCCACAGCUGCCGGUCGAGGGCGCCUCCUUUAGGGCUGCGGCCGCGGAGCUCCCCCCGUCGCCGCCCACCCCGUGCGCGGCCGCCAUUGCGACCGUGGCCUCGUCGUGCGGGGAGGCUCAGGCGUCGGGUGUACAGCCCGCGGCGCGGCGGCUGCUGCAGGUGAAGCCGGAGCAGGUGUUGCUGCUGCCGCCAGGGCCACCGCUGGCUCAGGCCCGGGACGAAGGCGUCGUCGCCUCACCGGCGCAAGCACGGCUGCUGCAGCUGAGGCCCGAGCUGCUGCUGCUGCCACCGCCUCCGCCCGCGUCCGACGGCGCCCCCUGCCGACCGGAGCUGCACCCGGUGCAGUCCCGAGCGCUACACGUCAAGGCUGAGAAGCAGGAGCAGGGGCCCGACUUGGAUCCAUCGGCGGGGACGCGAAGGCCUGUGGAGGCAGGCUCUAGAGCCUCCAGGACGGCCAAGGUAGAAGGCCCGGGGCCAGCUCUCGACGGCCACGGAGGGGACGAGAAAAAGGGCAAGCUGGAGGCGGAGGAGGUCAUGAGGGACGUGGUGAAAGGCGGGGAGGGCAAAACCCUGGCGACCAUCAGAGAAGGAGUCAUCAAAACAGAGGAGCCCGAGAGACUCCGCGAGGACUGCAGGCUGGGCACGGAGCCCGCGUCCAAUGGCCUGGUCCACGGCAACAAAGAAGUCAUCCUGGCCCAGCCAUCCAGUGCCUUUGGGCCACACCAGCAAGACCUCAGGAUCCCUUUGACUCUCCACACGGUCCCCCCUGGGGCCCGGAUCCAAUUUCAGGGACCUCCGCCUUCAGAGCUGAUACGGUUGACCAAGGUCCCCUUGACACCAGUGCCUAUUAAAAUGCAAUCCUUACUGGAGCCUUCUGUAAAAAUUGAAACCAAAGAUGUCCCGCUCACCGUGCUUCCCUCAGAUGCAGGAAUACCAGAUACUCCCUUCAGUAAGGACAGAAAUGGUCAUGUGAAGCGACCCAUGAAUGCUUUUAUGGUUUGGGCAAGGAUUCACCGACCAGCACUAGCUAAAGCUAACCCAGCAGCCAACAAUGCAGAAAUCAGUGUCCAGCUCGGGUUAGAGUGGAACAAACUUAGUGAAGAACAAAAGAAACCUUAUUAUGAUGAAGCACAAAAGAUUAAAGAAAAGCACAGAGAGGAAUUUCCUGGUUGGGUUUAUCAACCUCGUCCAGGGAAGCGAAAACGCUUCCCUCUAAGUGUUUCCAAUGUAUUUUCUGGUACCACACAGAAUAUCAUCUCUACAAAUCCUACAACAAUAUAUCCUUAUCGCUCACCUACCUACUCUGUGGUAAUUCCCAGCCUACAGAACACCAUCACUCAUCCAGUUGGUGACGCCCCACCUGCCAUCCAACUGCCCACACCUGCGGUCCAGCGCCCAAGCCCCAUCUCACUUUUCCAGCCCAGCGUCUCCAGUACUGCCCAGGUGGGCAUCCAGGCUCCAAGCCUGCCCCUCCGUCCAGCACUCCCACCCCAGCGCUUUGCGGGGCCCUCCCAAACAGACACUCAUCGGCUGCACUCCGGAGCCAGUCGCUCCGUGAAGAGACCUACUCCCGUCUCUCUGGAGAACACCAACAGGAUUCCAACUAGUGCAAGUACUGCCCAUGCCAGAUUUGCAACCUCAACCAUCCAACCUCCCAAGGAGUAUCCCAGCGUUUCCACUUGUCCCAGAAGUGCUCCAAUCCCCCAGGCUCCUCCUAUUCCACACUCACAUGUCUACCAAGCUCCUCCCCUUGGCCAUCCAGCCACGUUGUUUGGGACACCACCACGAUUUUCUUUUCAUCACCCUUACUUCCUACCUGGACCUCACUACUUCCCAUCAAGCACCUGCCCUUAUAGUCGGCCUCCCUUUGGCUAUGGAAAUUUUCCAAGCUCAAUGCCAGAAUGCCUUGGUUAUUAUGAAGACAGGUACCAAAAACACGAGGCUAUGUUUUCAGCUUUAAAUAGAGACUAUCCUUUUAGAGACUAUCCAGAUGAACGCACACACAGUGAAGAUUCUCGGAGUUGUGAGAGCAUGGAUGGGACCUCUUACUAUAACAGUCAUAGCCACAGUGGGGAAGAAUAUUUAAAUCCCAUGCCUCAGCUGGACAUUGGAGCCUUGGAGAAUGUCUUCACAGCCCCAACAUCAACUCCCUCUAGCAUCCAGCAAGUCAAUGUCACUGACAGUGAUGAGGAGGAAGAAGAAAAAGUGCUCAGAAAUUUAUAA